AUGAGCAGUGAAAAGUGUGGCGACGGUGUAGUACUGAUUUCAGAAUUCUGUGCCCAGUUUGGCGUGAGGCGGCAAAUGCAGGAGUGCUAUGGGCUUUGCAAUGAGGGUGUUGGGAGGAUUUCUUUGGAGGAGUUCGAGGUUGUGAAGAGAAGCUUGAAAAAACGGAAGCUCGAUGAUACCCAACAGGUAAAGCGGCAGUGUGUGGGGGAUGGUGGCAGAAGGCAUGCUGUAGCAGGAGUAGAUGGUCCGGUUGAGGAGGAUGGUGACCGUGAUGUUGCAGGCACUACAGCGGCUCCGGGGGGUGAGGUGUCCUUGUUAUACAGCGAUUCAACAACGAGUUAUGCGCAAGAAACACUAGUCUCGAAACAUUCGUUGUCUGUAGAUUAUCUGAAAGGUAUCACUCUGAUAAGUUCAUCAAGCGGGAAGUUCUCGGAACGCGAUGAAAAUGACCGUUUUUUUAUUAUACAAUCCGAAGAAUAUGCAAAUAGCAGCUUCAAAGAUAGCAGCCCGCCUGUAGAUUUCGGUCUUGCUGUAGACUAA